AUGGCUGACCAGACAACACCCCCGCCUCCACUGGGAUUCCUGGCGGUGGAAGUCGACAUCUUCAGACCACCCGGUGAUCCAUUCAAUGAGAAGACAUGGCCGUUUCCGCUUAUCCGGGAAAAGGUCACCGGCACCACUGAGUCUCAGAUAGUCACUGACGCUGCAUAUGACGAUGCAUUUAUUGACCGUUUCGUCGCUGCUGGCCUGAAGUUGGCAGAGAGGGGUGCAAUUGGUAUCAUCACCAGCUGUGGAUUUCUGGCAAUGGCCCAGAAGAGACUCGCAGCGCGUCUGCCCAUACCCAUAGCGACUUCUGCGCUCAUCCAGAUUCCUAGCCUUAGGGCCAUCCUCCCUGCAGACAAGGCGAUCGGGGUAUUGACCUACGACAGUGGGAGACUAGGCAACGCCCACUUGCUCGAACUUGGUAUCGACCCAGAGGGAGUAAGAGUAUGGGGCCUCCCCGACGAUGGCCAUCUUAGGGGUAUCUGUGCCAGGGGCGAAGAG